UAACGAUAACUUGAAAACGAAAUAUGAUAAAAAGUAUUAAGGUGAAAUGGGCCUUGCUUUGGUGUCAUGUUUCAGUGCUCUGUGCAGCCCAGCAUUCAGCCCAGCCAGAGACUCGGCAGGUGAAAGGCAUCGUGGGAAAGUUUCUCUCUUUUCCAGAGAGGGUGUUAAAGUCUGGCAAUUUACUUUAUGGAGACCUUGGCAAUAUUGCACAGGUGUACUCUGGUAAACAAAGUAAUACCAACCUUGUGAAGAGAUUUAAAUACCGCCUUCACUGGAACAAUGUUACUGGAUUCUUCACUUUGUCAGACCUACAAAUAGAGGAUUCUGGGGUUUAUACCGUGGAGAAUGCAGAUGAAGUUGAAAAGAAGACGACACAUACAUUUCAGCUGACUGUGUACUAUGAUCUAUCCAAACCUCAGGUGACGGUCCAUGACAACAGCUCCUGUAGCGUGGUGUGUUCUGUGGAGAACGGGAGAGAGGUGACACUGUCCUGGUACAGAGGAGGGGAGAUACUCAACCAGAGCAGCAGCCCUGACCUGAACAUCACCCUCUCUCUACCUCUCAAGGUGGAUGAACAGAACAGAGACUCUUACAGAUGUGAGGCUGCCAACCCAGUCAGCAAUGAGACCGCUGUUGUUCCAAAUUCCUGUAUAAAGAGUGAUCCCUCCAAGGUGACAGAUGGUGAUGAGAGGACUCGAGGUUGUCUUAUUAUUGCUGUAAUCUGCGUUUUGUUUGCCUCCGGACUUGUUGGACUUGCAAUCUAUCUAAAGAAGGGUAGAAAUGGACACUCACAAGGCAGAUUCACCCGGAAGAAAGCAAGAUGACAUUCAGUAUGCAGAGAUAACUCACAUUAAACCAGCAGAUAACCAGGAGGAGCGAACAGGUAUACAAGGACUGAAGUCAAUUAGAGACAACCCUAACCUUACAUUAGUUUAUGAUACACUCCAGUUACAUCGCAUGGCUGCCAGCGAGGAUGUUAACACUGCAUGAAGGAGCAAAACAGGAAGGUUCUGAGAGGGUGACAUGCUCAUUCACAUCCAAGAGAAGGCUUUACAUCCUAAAGAGGAUGUUAAGACAAAAUUAUAGUAAAUAUUCAUCUAGAAAACGUAAUGGAGGCACAGUUGUUACUGGAGAAAAUUCCCAUUUAACCAUUGCGAUGUUGUUAUCAUUUCAGACUUCCUUUGUUGGUCAUUCUCACAGUCUUUUGUUGAAUUGGGGCCUUGAUGAGAUUCACUGAUACAGACAAAUUCAAUAGCUAUGCCUAGGGUUAUUAGUAGGAUGAUCCCUAUUUUCAGGUGCCCAUUGUCCCAAUUUAUAGGUUAAAACAAAUGGAACCUAUCUUUUAAUCAAAUUCACUAGUGCGUUUGCUAUGCUAAUGCUGGGCCAAAGCUUCUUUUCAGUAUUGUCUGUUCUGUUUAAAUUUAGGUGCCUGCCCUGUAUCUUUUUAUAGCUGGUCAUUGUUUAGCUUGCCAUUGGAUAGCAGCAGUGUACAUGCAAAGCAGAUGUUUGGUGAGAUAAAGCCACCUACUCCUUAGAAGCAAUGGCUGUUAGGCUAUGUUGGAAAACAAAAAGUCCAUAGGUUGAUUUUUUUCCUUUCACCAUGUAGAUUCUAUUGAAACAUUUCUGAGGGGUAGGUCUUUAUUUGCCUUUUGACUCAUAAAGUGAUCUUUGGUGACAUUUUACUCAUUUAUUUUCGCAAAAUGCGAAUUAUUAUUAAGUGUAGUUCAGAUAUUGCUUUGAUGACAACUGUGUGCAUGCAUUUUGAAUGUACGAAAUUAACAGUUUAGUUUAUUAUGGUGGACCAUUUAUUGCUUGUCCUUAUCUACACAGUAUGUAGCUCAUCAUCUCUUAAUAAUACAAUCACUCCCUCCUGCACCCUCCUGCGGACACUCCUAUUAGAGCAUGUUGUGCUCCAACUACGUUAGCCCACAUAUAUAACUGUGAAAAAAUACAAAAUCUACUGACACCAUAGUGAGUUGUUGCACUGGAGGCUAUUUCAUUUUUAUACAUUUGUAUUUCAGAGUAGUUACUGAGACUGAAUAUUAAGAUAAUAUAAUUCACAUUUCACUCUUCUAAAAUAAGCUUAUUACUUAUUCAAACUGAUAAAGUGUACUGAGGUUUUUUUGUUGUACUGAGCUUCAAUAUAUUAAGUCAGACUUACCCAUACAUUCCAUACAUUUCCUAAUGUUAAAUGGUCGUCAAUCCCCCAUACAUGCUUGAAAAAUACUUACCUUAUCACAACCCAAAAAAUUAUUUAAGUUUACUCCAUUGUUUAUAUUUUUGUUGUCACUUGAGUUUUUGUAAACAGUGUAUUACUACAUUAACUUUUAAAAACUGUUAGUCUUUGCAUCCAUAGCUGCAGUCAAGAGUUUGAGAUUGGCACAAUUUCUCCAGAUUCUGGUUUUAAAGUUUGACCUAGAUAGUUUGUGUUUAUGUAUUGAUAUGUAGGCUACGUGUGCCUUUUUUUUUAUUGAUGUUGUUUUG